AUGAACGGCAUGAUGGUGAACAAUGCUCACGAGCUCUUCGCCGGUUUCGUCGACGAGCUUGCGCGCUCAUGGUCCAAUACAUUAGACAGCAAAGCAGAGAUUGGCAUCGAGAUUCCAGCAAAUCCAGUACUCGGCGCUCUUACCACUAUUCGUGUCGAUAUGCCUAUUCGCCAGACAUGGAUGCUGCUUCUCGAAGCAUUCCCCGAUGCUGCCCGCCACACCACAUUCGUCCGGAGCUAUUGGCAGCGUGAUGAAUCACUCUACAUCCGCGCGGGACGCGAGUCCCUCCGGGCUGUGCGGAACGACCGUGGCAUGAACUCCCGAUAUCACAGCACAGAGUUCGCGGAGCCGUACCUAUCCACGAGAAGACUCCAACUCCUGAAGCUUAUACCGCUCACUCCCUCACUACCAGUCGCUCCCUUGCUACCACCACUCGAGACAUCACUUCAGCUCUCCUACGAUAAGCACAUCACCUCGGCAUAUUUGAGCUUCGCGCUUCGGAUGAAUCCUCACGAUAUAGCCUCUGUGCUUGCGGCUCUCGAGCCGAACAAGCUGAUAUGGGUGACUGACUCAGAGAUCGAGCUUGAUCAUGUGCUGGGGAAUAAGCUUAGUAGGGCGACUGACCCAGAGAUUGAGCUUAAUUGUACAGUGGGGAAAAAGCUUAUUCGGGCUACUGACGCAGAGGUUGAGCUUGACAAUAAGGCUGGGAACGUUCUUGCGGAUGAUACUCCCUUGCGCGUAGCACUGUCCAGCCUGGAGCUGCCGAAGCAGCUUGGUUGUGUCUCGGAACUUCGUCAGGUAUGCACUCCAGGAGAUGCGUCUAUUGGGAGACCUCACCACUCGGCAUCCAAUACUCGUCUCAGCUAUAUCACCAUCGUCCUGCUGCAUGCUUGUUCAUUUCCGCGACGGACCUGGUCAACGAGCCAGUCGCCAUCUUGCGCCGUCGUAUUUCGUUCAAUGGUCUCCGGCACUCCGGACGAUCUGUCAUCCGCAAGUACACAUCCCGGAUUGCCGCGUAACGACCAUGAGCAACUGUCAUCUCGUACUCCUCGCCUGGCAACCCGAACCACGAAAGCUCGCCAUGGCCAUAGAGCAACUGGCAACACUACCGGGAGGCGACAGCGCACGAGCUCUAAGACUGCAUUGAGCUCUGUCACUCGUGGAAGUAUCUCCCGCGACAUCACUGUAUCCGUGGACGGACAUCGGCCGACUGGACCUCCCAGGACCUACGUGAUCUGGACGAGACAGUCAGUGUCGGAGACUGCUGUGACAACAUCCAUACCACGGCAAAUCUGGUCUACGUUGACGGCACAAGAAUCGCCACUUACUAGCAUGAGAUCGCAUGACCGCCUGCUGGUUUUCGUGGAAUACUGCUCCUCAUCCGCACAUCCAUGGCGAGAUAGGCAGCUGAUUAAGCAUAUCCCGCGAGAACGACCGUUGAUCUUACUGACCUCGAAUCCUGAUCGCCUCUCUCGCAGACCCGAGGAAAUAAAGCUCACUGUGGAGGACUUCCUUGCGCCAGGUGAUACCUGGCUCUCGCGAGGCGCAGGAUUUGAUGGGGUGGAGAGGGAUACGUGGUUUGAUGUCGAGGAUGAGGUUGGCGGAGUCACAGAACAGCUACGUUGUGGCCGGCAGAAACCGAUGCAACUAAGCUUCUACACUCGAGCUGUAACGACAAUGACACGCUGUAUCCUGGCGGCCGACAACCAGCAGGACGCUCAAAUUACGGCACUACAGGACUUUUUCCGGCUCGUAUGCAAGUUCCAUCACAUCGGCUGCUUCGUGGUCAUUAUCAGGCAAUCACCUCCACGUGGGACUGAGCGCGAGGGAGCUCAAGACUGCAUAAAUACGUUGGCGCGCCAGGAGCACUUCGUCAAUAUAGCAUUGUCGCGCACCAACGUCGAGGUCCGCUAUCUACAAUUGCCCAGGACGAGCGCAUAUGGACCUGACGUCGUGGACGCCAUCGCAAGUGUGCUCGAGGGAUGUCCAAGAAGAACUAUGCUGAUCUCCUCUGCUCUGGACCGCGUUGUACGCAGUAGGGCAAAUUACGACUUCCUACAGAGGCUACUGCUUGCUGGAGACCAUUGUGCUACAAGUCUUGUGUGGGACAGCAGCACCAACCUUCAUCCCGGCGACGCCAUGCAAUUGCCAGCCCCAGCAUAG